AUGGAGGUCGACAUUGCGCCCCAGUUCGGCGCUGAACUAAAGGAUGGCUUCAAGACAGUCAACGCUUGGGUUUCCGGUGGCAUCUCCUGGCUCGACGACAUCCAAGCAUUCUACCGCGAACGGAGCGCGAUAGAGAAGGAAUACUCGGCAAAACUCAGCGCGCUCGCGAAGAAAUACUAUGAAAAGAAGGCAAAGAAGCAGAGCAGUCUGAGCGUUGGUGACACGCCUACCGUUACUCCAGGCUCGCUCGAGAGCGCUUCCAUGACCACAUGGGGUGUCCAAUUGAGCACCCUCGAAUCGCGCGCCGCCGAACACGAACAAUUCGCUGGCGCUCUCAUCACCCAGCUUGCUGAUCCCUUGAAGGUCCUUGGUACACGGACCGAGGAGUUGCGCAAGUUGCACGGAGACUAUGCUGCCAAGCUGGAGAAGGAGCGCGACAACCAAUAUGGUGAGUUGCGCAAACAAAAGGGUAAAUACGAUAGCGUUUGCCAGGAGGUUGAGAGCCGGCGCAAAAAGGUUGAUGGCGCAUUUGACCACGGCAAAGCCAAGGCACGUAAUGCUUUCGAACAGCAACAGAUCGAGAUGCGUAACGUCAAGAACACCUAUCUCAUCAGUAUCAACGUAACCAACAAGCAAAAGGAGAUGUACUACCACGAGUACGUGCCUGAGCUGCUCGAUAGCCUUCAGGAUCUUUCGGAGACGCGAGUCAAUAAGCUAAAUACUAUAUGGUCACUCGCUGCACAGAUCGAAACUCAGACACUCACGCGAAGCACCGAGUACCUGAAGCACCUCUCCGGCGAGAUCCCGCGCAACAACCCUCUGCUCGACUCGAUGAUGUUCCUACGGCACAACGCUGGUUCGUUCCAAGAGCCUGGCGACUUUCAAUUCGAGCCCAGCCCGGUUUGGCUAGACGAUAAUAGUAUCGCUGUCGACGAGCCUGCAACGAUCUUCCUGCGCAACGUUCUCACCAAAUCAAAGACGUCCUUGGGGGAAUACAAACGAGAACUUGAUAAGAAGCGCAAAGAAGUUGAGAAUGCCAAGGCGGUACGGCAGAAGAUAAGGGAUGGCAAGGACAAAAGAGACGAGGUGGAUAUUGUUCGCGCUGUUUUUGCUAUACAGGAACAGAUGCAUGAGGUGGAACGUCAGAAGGUGAAUGCGGAAGUGGAAGUCUCAACAAUCACCUCAGUCGUCGGUGACUUGAGUAUCGGCGCAAGGAACCACAACUUCAAGUCGCAGACAUUCAAGAUACCUACAAACUGUGAUCUAUGUGGAGAUCGGAUAUGGGGUCUAUCAGCAAAAGGAUAUGACUGUCAAGAUUGCGGCUAUACGUGUCAUAGCAAGUGCGAGAUGAAGGUACCUGCCGACUGUCCUGGUGAACAGUCCAAGGUAGAAAAGAAGAAAUUGAAGGAAGAGCGGCAAAAGGCUGCACACACAGUGACGGCAACAAACGGCACUGCGACGAGCUCUAAUGCGGACAUGCCCCGACUGGGAAGAAGCGACACGGUGAACUCCAUGAACACCCUCAGCUCCGGCUAUUCGGCGACUGCGCACCGGUCCAUAUCCGGAGGUAUGUCGCCUACUGUCGAGGAGACUCCUCCACCACCAGAGAAGAAGGCGCCCAUAGUGCCGGGUGCUAGGAAGAACCGAUUGGUUGCACCACCACCUACACAAUAUGUCAAAAACGACGAGGACGUUCCUCCACCCCCACCCAAGUCUGCAGAAUCCAGGGGUAGAAUGCUGUACGCUUAUCAAGAGAAUGGGGAGGGCGAACUGACUGUCGCGGAUGGCACGGAUGUUGCCAUUCUAGAACCUGAUGACGGUUCCGGAUGGAUGAAAGUUCGUGCUGGCGUUAAAGAAGGUCUUGUUCCAGCAGCGUAUGUUGAGAUGACGGUGGCAACGCCACCUACCACGGCCUCUACAUUCUCUUCAACAAGGCCGGACUCGACGUACUCUGCAUCGUCAGCAUCAACCACUAACUUCACUGCGGCUGCCGCUCCCGGUAAGAAGAAGGGUCCCGCCGUUGCGCCAAAGCGUGGCGCAAAGAAGCUGAAGUAUGUGGAAGCCUUGUAUGACUACACAGCGCAAAGCGACGUAGAACAUUCCAUGUCAGAAGGAGAUCGUUUUGUUCUUAUCAACAUGGAGGCCGGCGACGGCUGGGCAGACGUUGAGAAGGAUGGCAUAGUACGUAGUGUACCGGCCAACUAUAUUCAGCAAGUCUAG